CGACAGCUUGCUGUAGCCGGAUGAGCUGAGUAUCACCGUGCUGCAGCAGAUCUAACACUGGAGAAAACAUCACCAGGGUAACCAGUCUCAACCAGCCUGCUGCUUCUGUUCACACAAUCACACAGCAUCUGAACCACAUCUCUGCUACAGAUAUCACAAGCUGCCGGUCAGACAUGGUUAAGUUGGGAAGUAAUCUGGCUGAGAAACCAGAGAAGGAGCAGGCUGAGGAAGAUGGAUUUGAUAACAUCCCGCUGAUAACACCUUUGGAUGUGAAUCAAUUACACCAGCCGUUUCCUGACAAGGUAAUUGUCAAGACUACAACAGAAUACCAGCUCCAGCAAAAGAAGAAGAGGAAGUUAUAUGUUCCCGGCAUAAAAAAACUGAAUAUAAACCUGUAUGAUGAAGUGUCAGAAAAGGUCAAGCUGACUGGCUUGAUACUCAUUACGAUGACAUUCCUGGCCUGCCUUCUUAUGCUGGUCAUGUACAAGGCACUGUGGUAUGACCAGCUAAGCUGCCCCGAGGGCUUUGUGUUUAAGCACAAGCACUGCACUCCCGCAGCACUGGAGGUGUAUUACUCAGAGCAAGAGACAGGCUCCCGAGGAAGCCUCUACACAGCUAUCAGCCACUUAAACCAGGCCAAGAAAACCGUGCCGGAGCUGCCGUCACCAUGGUUACCAGUAAUCAACGCCUUUAAGGAAGCAGAAAAAGCUAAAGAGGAGUCAAGCCGUUCCCAGUAGUAGAACACAAGUGGGCCAACUAGUUAGGACAGCAUUCUACCCAACACAUGUAUUGUCAUUUUUAUGAUACUAUUGAGGCGCUAGACAUUUUAAAGAAAAACAACAUAGGUGUAGGAAUGGGCCUAAUUCGGAUGAUAUUUUCCCAGAGUACAAAGAAUUUAAAAAAAAGGCAGUGGUAUUUGAAGGUCAUGUGUUUUUUUGUUCAGAAUUAGGGGAGAGUAAAUGUAUUGCAUAUGAAAUCCUGGAGGUAGAACAAGUUAUAUUUUAACACUAAAAAUAGCCCCUUGUUUUAAAUAAAAUAAUAAUAAUAAUUUCAAGGACAUUUAAAAAAUAAAUCAUAUCAUACAUAGCAUUGCAUUUGAACUUUAAAAAAACAAACCUGUGUUGAUAUACUACAGCUCAUUGUGUUAAAUCACAUCAAAUUAUUAUUAAUAAUAUUCCAUAUUUUGAGUUUUCAGAAACAAUAGUUUCGUAAUAAUAAAUGAAAAUCUUAAAUAUAUUUAAAUACUGAAGUGUAAUGUUCUGCACAUUAUGCUUAGAAACAUACACACAAAACUGCCACGUAAGCUUUUUUGAAAAUAAAAACAACAACAAAAAAAACAACAUUUUACAGUUUUAAUGGAUAAAGGUGUCUGCAAAAUAAACAAAUAACAAUAAGACCAGCUGGAAAGUGCCAUGUCUAAAGAAUGUUCAAAGUAAGUAUUUUAUUAUUAUGGCUGCUAAGAUGAAUGUGUGUGCUUUAUAUUGGUGAAUAAAGGUCAAGUGUAGAUAGCUAGA